CAAAUGAAACAGGUGACUACAUCACACAACCAGAAAAAGUGCCUAGAUCAUUUUUUGGAAAAGCAGUCCGAGAACAAGAAAAGACAGCAUUACAAAUAUCUGACUACUUCAAUUAUUUUAAAGCAACACUAUCAGGAAUUUGUAGACAUUUUGACAUAGAAAAUGCUGAUAACAACUAUAUUCCAAACCCAAUAGGACAUAUAUUGCAUAAAGUGAUAUUUAGUAUUAAUAUAUUAUUAAUCACUGAAAGAGCAUUUGUAGAAUGGCCAGAAAGAUCAGGUGAACCAAUUCAUGUAAAAGAAGAAAUUAAUGGAUACUACCCUAUUAAACUAACAAAAAUAAUAGAAAAAAUAGCCCCAUUACAUUAUUAUUUACAAAUCACGUUGCAAGAUGAAGAAACUGAAAUACAGCAAGAACACUCGAAAAUGACAGAAUUAAUUACAUUAUAUAAAAAUAGAAAGUAUAUUGAACUCCUAAAAUUAGGAUCUUAUAUUGACCAAAAAUUACAAUAUACGCCAACACAAUAUUGGUAUCAUAAGAAAAUAACAAAGUACCAAUUCUCGACUAAGAGAGACAGGGAAAUUUACAAAGAACUCAAACGAGACUUUGAAAAUUAUACUAGCAAGCUUAGACAAAUUAAAAACUUUGGAUAUAUAUUCGACAGUCAACAAGCAUUUUAUUUACAUUUCGACAGAGUAACAACACUACAAUUACCAAAUGCUUAUCCUGAAACAACCACAGUAAUUGAAACUCAAACCGUAUUAAAUAAGAUAAUUGCACAACAAUAUUUACUAGAA